UCGCCUCGCCCCCAAAACACCAACCGCCUCCUCCAACUCCUCGCCGUCGCCGCCGGUGGUCGCCGACCGAGAGGUGGGUCCGCGCGUGCGCUCCCGCCGCUCGACGCCUCAUCUCGUGCGUCUCCCGCGUCUGUUUGGUUUGUGCGCUGGUGUUUCGUAAACGGAGUAGCUAAUUUGGUUGUGGACUUGUGCCCCAGGUGAUCGGGGGUGGGAAUGGACUUCUACGCAGCGAGGCUCGACGCUGCGGGGCAGCGGAGGACGCCGGGGGCGGUGAACUCCACCGUGCGCGCGUGGCACCCCCAGCGCGGCGGCGGCAACCGCCGCGGCCUUCCUCCUCACCCUCCUAUUCCUCCCCUUCACGCCGCCCAUGGUCGAGGCGCGGGCGGCAGCGGCGUGGGGAAGGCGGAGGGUGGCGUGGCGGUGGGCGCGGGAGCGGCGGGAGGGAAUGCGGCGGGCGGUUUGAUCGGCGACGGUGCGGAGCGGUUCGCCGCUUUGGUGGUUGCGACGGCGCGGGAGGAUAGGGGAGGCAGCGGCGAAGUGGGGACCAAGAGGUGGCUGGCGGCGCCGCGCGCGUACCCGCCGCCCAAGCGGAGGGCGGUGUCGGCGAGGCGCCUAUUCCUGCCCAGCUGCGGGAGGGAAGCGGCCGCUACUACGCUCGGCGACGGUUCGCGGUUCCGUGUUGCACGCGCCGACGGUGGUUCUGGUUCAUUGGAGAAGCUGGCUGCUCCUACUCCUGUCGCGGGCAGCAAGGACGGCGUGCUGUUGGGAGCGAAAUCAUCAGAGGCUGUGGGCUGCAAUGCUGGGGCUGCUGCAGAUUCUUUGUUUCAUACUGGUUCACAAGGGGUUGCCGGUGUGUUGGUUGAGGACAGGGGAAAGGGAGCAGGGAGUGGUGAAUUGGGGAGGAAAGAGUUGGUGCCAGCCGCACGUUUGCGAGCAAAGCCGAGGAUGGUUUCUGCCAACCGCUGCUUCCCGCCUGGCUGCGGGAGGGUUGCAGCAUCUCUACUCGCCGGCGGAGGCAGUAGCGAAGAGCGUUUGUGGUUGGAAUCUGGGCAUCCUGAUGGUGGUCUCGUUGUGUUGGAGGAGGUGGUGGCUACAGAUGGCAGUAGUUAUGCGGACGACAUCGUGGUUGCUCAAUGCGAUGGUGCUAUUGUUGGAGCGGUACAGGACGAAGAAUUGGAGGAGGGAGAGAUUGCUCCCGAGGUGCACCCUGCGGUUGAAGAGUAUCGAGAAUCUCAAAUUUCUACCAAUGUUGUUCUGCAUGAGUCCGCAGCUUGUAGAUAUGGGGCUUCUGUUCGUGCAAUUAAUGAUCUGGAUGCUUCAGCAAGGCAGUGUGGGGAGAAGAGACCAUCAUGGAUGGUUGCAAAAGAUGUCAAAGUGAUGAACAAAUCUAGUGGGAGUUCCUGCAACUUUGUUGCUGAAUCUUUGGCUGAGGGUCCUGCGAAAGAACAUUUGAGGGGUAAGAGAGUGUCUGAAAGUGCUAGGAUGGACGGGGCAUCUUCUGAUGUUGCAGCAGGAUUGUCUGGCGAAGGUACUAUGAUGAGAAGUAAGGCCAUGUUUACACCUCGAAAAGUAGUCAAGCCUACCAAAGUGAUUCAGAAAUCUGCACUGGACACUUGGCGUAGACCCUUUUCCAAGGACAAGGAGAAGGAGACUGAACAUGGAACCCGUGUGACCGCAAAUGAGAUUGAGGACACCGAUGAAUUUUCUAAAGAUCUUGCUGUGCAAGCUCUCAUGUCUGCAGACAAGUGCCCCAUGACACAGGGAAAGGAGGUUGGCACAAUUAGGGGCUCCUUUGGUCCCAGGAAGAAGGUGAAGGUAAAAGCUCCAGCUCAUCUUCAGAUGAAGAUUGCCUCUGCAUUGGGUAGCAAGGAGAAACUGGAUCAUAAGGUUUCUUCCAACCUGGAAGAUGAUGACAUUUUGAAGGCACUAGCUGUUCAUGAAGGAAAGCUUGAGCUGUACCUCAACAGUUCCUCAGGUCUUACUUCUAUGAGGUGCCAAAGGCAAUAUGGAGUCCAGAAUGCGGAUGCUAGGAGCAAAUUCAAGAUGAUGUGCAGGAGGUUUGAGUUUAUAUGCAGGGCUCUAGUCCAAGCUGUGGAGCAGCACUCAUUGAAGAUUAAGAGAAUUGAUCUUGAAGCUGAUAGAGCGAUCAGGAAAUUACCGGGCUUUACCAAACCUGGUCCUAUUGUUGGAAAAGUUCCUGGAGUUGAAGUUGGUGAUGAAUUUCUAUAUAGAGUUCAGCUUGCCAUUGUUGGUCUACACCGUGUGUACCAGGGAGGCAUUGACACCACCAAAGAUAGAAAUGGCAUGCUUAUUUCAAUAAGCAUUGUUUGUUCUGGAGGUUAUCCUGAUGAAUUGUCUUGCUCAGGUGAAUUAAUAUACACCGGUUCUGGGGGAAAGCCUGCUGGUAAGAAGGAUGACGAGGAUCAAAAGCUUGAGCGUGGGAACCUUGCCUUGAAGAAUUGCAUCAAAACAAAGACUCCGGUCAGGGUGAUUCAUGGCUUUAAAGGUCAGAAUAGAGAUGGAGGCAGUCAUUCGAGGGCUAAACAAAUCUCAACGUUCACAUAUGAUGGGUUGUAUCAUGUGGUGGAUUGCUGGAUAGAAGGUCAACCAGGUUCAAAGUUGUUUAAGUACAGGUUACAAAGGAUUCCUGGACAACCAGAACUUCCUCUGCACAUAGCUAAAGGGAUGAGGAAGUCCAAAAUGCGUCCAGGCCUCUGCAUAGCUGAUAUAUCUCAAGGGAAGGAGGGAGCUCCCAUCUGUGUCAUCAAUACAGUUGAUGAUGUGCGACCAGCACCUUUUAUAUACAUCACUAGAACCAAAUCUUCAUUCUGGCCCACAAGAAUACGUCCUCAGGGUUGUGACUGUGCCAAUGGGUGCUCAGAUUCUGCUUGCUGCGCAUGUGUUGUGAAGAAUGGAGGAGAAAUCCCAUUUAACUUCAAUGGUGCAAUUGUCAAUGAAAAGCCCCUCAUAUUUGAGUGUGGUCCAUCUUGUAAAUGUCCUCCUUCAUGCCACAAUAGGGUCAGUCAGCAUGGUAUGAAAAUACCACUGGAAGUAUUCAGGACAACCAAGACAGGUUGGGGUGUAAGAUCCCUAAGGUCCAUAUCUUCUGGCAGUUUCAUAUGUGAGUAUCUUGGUGAGCUGCUGCAUGGCAAGGAAGCUGACCAGAGAAGGAACAGCGAUUACUUGUUUGAUAUAGGUCAUAACUACGACGAUAAGAAUCUUUGCAAAGGGUUGCUACCAACAGUUUCAGGUUUGAACUCUUCUGGCCAUAGCUCUCAGACCAUGGAUGAUGUUGGAUUUACAAUAGAUGCAACUGAGUAUGGAAACGUUGGAAGAUUCAUCAAUCACAGCUGUUCACCUAAUCUUUAUGCACAGAAUGUUCUUUGGGACCAUGAUGACAAAAGCAUGCCCCAUAUUAUGUUUUUUGCUGCGGAGACUAUUCCACCGUUACAGGAGCUGACUUAUGACUAUAAUUAUAAAAUAGAUCAUGUCCACGAUGCGAAUGGCAGAAUAAAAUUCAAAUGCUGUCAUUGUGGUUCUCCACAAUGCUGUGGGAGGCUCUACUAAGGCAUGGUUGGUUGAUAGUAGUUUAGUAGUUUUCUUUUGAAAAAAAGAAUACCUUUGGAAUGUUGUUGACCUGUAUUUUCAUUUGCCAUUAGUCUUAGUUGAUGACAUGUAGAUAACAUGAGAUGCUACUCCUGGUAUAAAAAGGUAGCAGUUAUGUUCAGCCUGUUGUCGUGCUACUUCACAAUGUAGUGCAUUUUCAUCUUAAUGUACUUGUACAGUCUCGGAUGAUAUUCAAUGGCAAA